CACCACGCCGGCACAAGUUAACCGCGUAUUACGCGACUGCAGUAAAAUAUCCACACGAAGCUCGUGCGGUGUGCAGCAGUGCUAGCUUUGCUACCCUGAAAGAGGCGGCCCCCGAUGCGGACAUUCGAAAGCUCGGUCCCAGUGACGUUUCGCUACAAUGUAAAAUGUCCUGCCGACGGUCAGCUCCUGCUUCUUCUUCUUCUUCUUCUUCUUCUACUUCUUCCUGUUCUUCGCCCCCGACGAGCUUUCGACACCAACGUGCACGUCCUCUUGUCUGACAACUUGUAGAAAGUGAAGUGAAGAAGGAAGGACGAAAUGCCGGCGGAGGGGGCCGUCGUCCAAGUGCCGGCCGAGGGUGCCGUAGCACACCCCGAUGACUCGGACGAACCUCCGGAGGAUCUGAGAGCCCGGGCGGCGGGGGCAGCCGGUGGGACGGGGGGGCGUGCCGGCAUCAUGAAGCCGUUGGUGGUCCUCGCUCUGCCAGGGAUGUACCUCUUCUACAAGUACAGCCAGUACAGGCGGGAGCAGCGCGAGCUUUCGAGACGACGGGUGACGGAGCGGGAGCUGCAGCACCUCCACCAUAAAAUCGACAAGCUCUUGACGAAACUGGAAGAAAACGAGCCCGAGUUGGCCUCCUCCCAAGAAGACGAGUGCGUCAUUUGUGUGAAUGCGAGAGCAUCGAUGCAGACGGCGCCGUGUGGCCACCGGGUUGUCUGCAGACGGUGUUUCGUCAAGACAAUACAGAUGGCCGUAUCGCAACGACUGUUACCCCUGAGGUGUGUGAUAUGCAGAGCAAAGAUUCUCCGGUUGAAACAAACCCUCAUCCCUCGAGACUAUUCGAUGUCUGGAAAAUCCUGGGUCCUGCCGCAAAGCGCCUCGGCUUACAGUAUGGGGGCUUCCGUGGCAGGAAGCGGUGCUCCAGGACCCGGUGGCCGAUGGGGUCCUAGCAGCGUGCCUCCGUCGGCGUCGCUCUACUCGAUGAGCAGUGGUUCUUCCUCUUUGUCAGGGGUGUCUUCCGUAUCUUCAGCCACUUCCGCUUCUACCAGUAGUUCUGGGAUUUCAACCGGCAAACCGAACAGGCUUAGACAGCCAACGGGAGCAACGCUUCGCCGCUCGCAGACCCAAUCGAUGAAACUUCGAAUCCAGGAAUAUCAAGACCCUAUACAGCAGGUCCCCGAGGAGGAGGAAAUAAUAAGGGAAAAUCGAGAACGCCGGUUGCCCCCGAUAAAGGAAUUUCAGAGAGACUAUCGUGCUGGAAAAGCGUCCACCAGAAUACGGUGCGCCCAGAAGAUCGUGACGCAGCUGGAAGCUUCGCCGUCGCCACGAAACGCGACAAAUGUUGGAACACCGGUGAUAACGCCACGCGAAGUGACGCCAUCGGGGUCGACAAGAUCGUCAACAAAAUCGGUAAAGAAGUCACCGACCAUGCCAAAAACGCCGAUGACCGUUGCCCAGGAGGUUCAAAAAACCAAGAAGGAAAAGGAACGGGAAAAGGAGCGAGAAAAGGCGGAAAAGGCCCGGCAGAAGGAGGAGGAGAAGGCGGAAAAGGCGCGGCAAAAAGAGGCGAAGAAAAUUGCGAAGGAGGAGAAAAAGAGGGCGAAGAAAGAGGCCAAGGCUAGGCGGAAGGAGACCGAGGAGGCUCUGCUCAGAGAAGAAAUUAAGUAGCCGUCGCCCCUGCAGGUACAAAUUAAACGUAUAGUUCGCGAAUCAUGGCCUACGGGCUAUGGUAAAAACGAUAGUAUAACAGUACCUACGAAUGUGCACGUAACUAUAAUUAAAACCACGCGGGUGAAUGAAAAAUCAAGAAUUUCUCCCAUCUCGCGUGCAUUUCAAUUCAUCUAUGUACAAAAUGAGAAACGCAGUCGGUAUUUGGGGAUGUUUUUUGCGAGAUAGACCGAGAAUCUCCGUAACAAAGGUAGAGUAAUGUAACGAGUGCAGAAAAUCCGUGACGUAUUUCGGAAAAUCACUGCCAAUAUUCGUUGCGUCUUGACUGUGUCGCCUUGUCCGUGUGUUGGACCGAUUUCGAUAACGAUGCAUAACGCGAGAGGGGGGAUCGAUGAAAGAUUGUAAUCAACGACCGGGUUUGCUAUACGUAAUAUAUAAGUGAAUCAAAAUAAGAAUAAAUAUACAUACAUGGAUAUUACACAGUCAUAUCUAUGUAUGUAUAUGAAUAAUUGAUAGAAGCGGCCAAAAACAGUUAAACCCGUCGUGUGUCGAGUUACAGUGAAUCUGAGUUACGUCGUUAGUUAGACAGAUUAUAGUAGAGUAUUAGAAUCAACUAAUCGUAUCCAUGUGAUAGAUAAUUGUCGACACGUUAAUGAUUACUUGCGACUUACGAGUUGUGCAAGCGGAUGCGAUAAAAUCGAAUCGCGGUACGGAUCUGUUGUAAUCGUGUUGUUUACUUCGCAUGUACGAAUAUUGGAAUUCACCAAACGGUAUUUGAAAUAACGUCAGCAAUUCGGGAGUUCGGAAAUUGAUCGGUAAAUUCACACGAUUACAAAAAUAGUAAAUUACUACUCUACGAAGGGUGAAAAAAAAAAAAAAUUAUGUAAAUUUCAAAACAUGGAACAUAUCGUGCUUUUGUUGUGGAUCGAUCGUGCGGUGUAAGAGUCUCGUUGUAAAUAAAAUUUUUAAUCAAAUUUCUACGAGUAUCCCUCGAACUUCACUCGUAAUAAUGUACAACCGAUGUGUAAACGUGUCAAUUUUCCCAUCUUCCGCACCUGCUGCGGUACGAGUACAGAAAAAAAAAUUCCAUCUUGCAGUAAUUUCAUCGCCAGACAGUGUUGUUAAAUUUAAUAAUUAUUCAAACUAUCAUAUUACCAAUUAUUUUCCUUCUUUUCGCUAUGAGAUUCGCAAAACGAGACGUUUACGAAAUGUUUGUAACCCUGAUUAAAUGAAAUUCACUGAUUGAGGGAAGAAAAAAACCUUCUGCGUUUGUAAAUUAAUAAAUAUUGAAGUUAAAUUCAUUUGAUAAUUAUCCGAUAAACAGUUUCAUGAUACGCAGUGAAUAGAAAAAUCUAUAAUCCACGGUAAUACGUAUACGCACCCUUUUACAGGGCCGAAUCAAUUUACGUAUAUAAUUCCGUGUAAUACUUGACAGUAUUUGAAGUAUAUAGCAUGUUCGUGUAGAAACAGCAAGCAGAAAAGUAACUUGCCGAGUUGAUUCGUUCUUAAAUAUAUAAUCAUACACAUUCACAUGUAGGUAAUAUAUUACAUGAUAUAUAAUACGUAUACGUUAAUAUUGGAAAAUUUGUGGGAUAUUAUAGUUGUAAAAAAAUCGCAACGGAAUA